AUGAAUUCUUGUUCAUCAUUAUGUUUGAAUCGUAGUGGACUGAUGCCCACAUUGAAAUGCCUCUCCUGUUCGCUUCUCUAUCACUCCGACUGUGUGAAUGAGUACAAUAACAUUGAACAAGAACAAUCAGAUUUAAAUUUGUGCAGAGCAUGUUGUACAGAACCAUAUCCAAUAUCACUGGAUAAUCCAAUUUUAAAAUCUGAUAAUCAACGUACAAUGGCCGAUACUCACUCAUUAGCGUUUAACCGUUUUGAACUUGUUCGCGGUUGUUUACAAUCGAAACAAUACUAUUGUGUUAAGGUGAAUGAUCGACAUAUCCUGUUGCAUCGGAAUGCUAUCAAAUCCAAUGGUAGUGGAUGGUCAUUAGAGCUUCCACUUGAAAUAAUAUUAAAAUCCUUCGGUACAAAGCAGACGUCAAACAUCGAUGCUGUUUUAGUCAAUCACCAGUUAGAUGAACAUUUGUAUGACAUUAUUGUGUUUCCAGAUAAAUCAGCCAGUAUUGUCAACAGAAACUUAGUAAAAACCGAGACAGAAGAUGGUAAUGUAAAUAUUAACGAAGACGAAGAUCUGCAAAUAUUGAACUACUGUGCUCCUCCCGAACAUCCUUCUUCGCCAGUUGCUGAGCAACAAUCAACAAUAGAGCAACAAUCAACUAUGGAUUAUCAAAUAAAUAAACAAGACGACGAUAAUGAUUCAUCGUAUAACAGUUUUAUACAAGAUUUAGUUUCGCCAAUGACAUCUCCGUGUUAUGCUGAAUUUUCUCAAAUACUAGAAUCAUUCGAUAAAGAAGAAAUCCAACAAUUGCCGCCGCCUCCGUCAUCUUCACCUCCUUCGUUUAAAGAAACACAAAAUUUAGACGAAACUAUUACGGUCAAAAGUUCCCCAUCGAUCUUAUCCACCUCACAAGAUUUACCUAAAGACUCGAAUCUCACUCAACAACUUAAUUCUUCAUCAUCAAAACUAACUAGGAAACGUUCGUCGCGUCAUCGAAAAACAUUUACACCUGUUUGUUAUUCAAAACGUAAAUUAACUCGACCACGAAGACGAUCAGAUUUUAUUUACGAUUCUCUAACUUGUACAUUACAAUCUUUCGACGAGAAACUUAAUGAUGCAGUGAUUACUAGAGAUGAAAAUGAGAAUGAUGGAAUAAUUCUUAGUCCACAAUUAGUUUCGAAUGCUUUAAUAACAAUGGACGAUACGUUCGCAUCUUCUAAAUCACCGACUAAACCAUCUCACGUUACUUCCAAUAAUAAAGAAAUUGUUGAAACAAAAAAUGUAUCAUUAUUUGAUUUAGGCGAAGAAAUGGAAGACAAAAAUUGUUCAGUGCAAUUAAAAUCAAGAGAAACUCAUCUUACCAAGAAUAAUAAUGAACAACAAAAAUGUAAAUUACCACUUUAUACAAGUGAUGAUUUAUCAUGGUUAUCAAGCAUUGGUAUACAAGAAGAUUACAUUAAUAAGUUCAUUAAAACAUUAGACGAUUAUCAGAAAUCGACAAUAAUGACGGCAAACAGCGUCAAACAAAGAAAUAUUGAGAAUAUUGAGAAAGAUAUAGAAAAUAAACCGAUAACUCUAUCGACAAGUACAGCGACAUCAAUAACGGUAAAUGAAGCGCAACAAGAAAAUCAAGAAAAACUUUUGGAAAGUCAAGAACAACUUCCAUCUCAAUUAUCAGCAGAACUGUUAAAUAAUGAACAGCAUCAGAUAGUUACAGAUUCGGCAGUAGUACCAACGGUUAUAAACAAUAAUUUUCAAUAUCAUCAUAAUUCCAUUUCUUCUGUUCCAUCCAUCCACCAUCAGCCACAAGCAAGAUCUUUUCCAGCAUCAAAUACGAAAACAUCUAUCUUAACAACACGAAAAAUAUUUUCCUGUAAAGAAAGUGAAUCAAUUGUACAAAAUAUCAUUGAUUAUCUCGAUGUACAAACAAAAAUAAGAUGCCGUCUGGAUAUAACGAACGUCGUAGAUGAUCUACUGUUUCUUCCUGAUAUUACAGAGAAAUUGUUUACAUUACGAACGUUGUCAAUCUCAAAUAAUCAACAGCAAAAUAUGCUUGCUUGGUUUAACCUAGCACCAUUACUUCAACAAAUCAAUAUUGUCCAAACAGAACAAAAUUUGGCUGUUUAUAUUCGUUAUUCAGCUUUACUUGUGCCAAAUCUACAUGUUUUUAUCGGUUUAUUAACAUGUGGCAUAUUCCUGUUUUUAUUAUCUAUAUUAGGUUUAUGCACUGUUCUCAGACACCAUCAAGUUGGAUUAUUUUUCUAUAUUUUUCUUUUAUUUCUAUUAUUUCUGGUGCAAUUCAUACUAGCUUGCACAUACUUAGCAGUAAACUCACAUACAAAAUAUACCAUGUUGAAAGAUGCUUGGUUAAGUGUUAGAAAUUCUGAAAUUCGUUCCAGUUUACAAACUAAAUAUAAUUGUUGUCCAUUUGAUAAUACGACAACAGCAGCAAUGGAAAAAUGUGGGAACAUAACUUCUACUUCAUAUUGUUAUCCUGUGUUACAAGCACACAUUGACCAUGGUCUUAAACUGGCUGGUUUAAGUACGCUAUUAUUUAGUUUUACACAAAUUAUUGGUAUUUGGUUGACAUUACGAUAUAGAAAUUUGAGAGAUCCAAAUAUUAAUUUGAACAUUAUUUUAUAG